AUGGAGCUGCUGUCGCCGCCGCUCCGCGACGUAGAUUUGACUGGCCCCGACGGCUCCCUCUGCAACUUUGCCUCCGCGGAUGAUUUCUAUGAUGACCCGUGUUUUGACUCUCCCGACCUGCGCUUCUUCGAGGACCUGGACCCGCGCCUCGUGCACGUGGGCGCGCUCCUGAAGCCCGAGGAACAUUCGCACUUCCCGGCGGCAGUGCACCCCACCCCCGGCGCGCGCGAGGACGAGCAUGUGCGCGCGCCCAGCGGGCACCACCAGGCUGGCCGCUGUCUGUUGUGGGCCUGCAAAGCGUGCAAGCGCAAGACCACUAACGCCGACCGCCGCAAGGCCGCCACCAUGCGCGAGCGGCGCCGCCUGAGCAAAGUCAACGAGGCUUUCGAGACGCUCAAGCGCUGCACGUCCAGCAAUCCAAACCAGCGGCUGCCCAAGGUGGAGAUCCUGCGCAACGCGAUUCGCUACAUCGAAGGACUGCAGGCGCUGCUGCGCGACCAGGACGCCGCGCCCCCUGGCGCCGCCGCGGCCUUCUACGCGCCCGGCCCACUGCCCCCAGGCCGUGGUGGCGAACACUACAGCGGCGACUCAGACGCGUCCAGCCCGCGCUCCAACUGCUCCGACGGCAUGAUGGACUACAGCGGCCCCCCAAGCGGUGCCCGGAGGCGGAACUGCUACGACAGCACCUACUACAGCGAGGCGCCCAGCGAACCCAGGCCCGGGAAGAGUGCUGCGGUGUCGAGCCUCGACUGCCUGUCAAGCAUCGUGGAGCGCAUCUCCACCGAGAGCCCCACAGCGCCCGCUCUUCUGCUGGCGGACGCGCCGCCGGAGUCGUCUCCCGAUCCACAAGACGCGGUGGCGCAGAGUGAGGUCGAGCGCGGCGCCCCCACCCCUUCCCCGGACGCCGCCCCGCAGUGCCCAGGGGGCGCAAACCCCAACCCCAUCUACCAGGUGCUCUGA